GCCGUUUGUUGUGACAUGGCCUGCAGACUAGAAAAAGAUCGGAAAAGCGUUUCAGUUCUUUCUGGGCAAAUAAACAAUUCAGAGGUGGACGAAGCUGCUUCAAUUGUGAAACAUCUCAACCCUGAGCCUGAUGUUGCCCCUGAUGCCAUGCUACAGGUUGAAGGGGAGUGUUUCUAUGUUAGCCGUCAGCGUCUGGCUCACCAGAGUCCAUACUUCAGGGCUCUGUUUUUUGGUUGUGGCAUAGAGAACAAAAAAAGACAAGUGGCGCUGAAAGGUGUGAGCCUGGAUUAUUUCCGAGUGUUGAUGGACUACAGCAUAACAUCUCUCCUUCCUCUGAGUCGAGAAAACGUUCUAGGCAUUCUAGAAACGGCAGACUACCUCCAGAUAUAUCAGGCCAGGCUGCUGUGCUGCAAGUUCCUGGAGCGUGAACUGCAUCUCAGCAACUGUCUGGGAAUGAUGUCCUACGCCUGGCAGCUGGGCUGCAUGUCGCUCUACACCGCAGCCCGACACGUAGCACUCACACAUUUCCCUGCCAUCAUUUCUGAAGACGAAUUCUUGUCGCUGUCCAAACAAGCUGUGGCAAACCUCCUUGCCAGUGAUGACCUGACUAUCCACAGAGAUGAUCUGGCCUUGGAGGCCAUCCUACGCUGGGUGUCUGCAGACCCAAAACGAGAAGACCAUUUUCUGGAGCUAAUUGAGUUGGUGAGGCCAGAGUCUCUCUCUUUACCUUUUAUUACUGAACUUUUGAGCAGAAUGAAAGCUUCUGACCCACGAGCUAAGCUCAUCUGUAUGCUGAAUGAACAUUUUCCAGCAUCUUGGUCAUUGGGCAAGUCAAUACGCAGGACCAAGGCCAGAGAGACAGUCUUUGUUUUGGGCGGGCCUCAUGAUCAGGAGGAACAAGCGCUGUAUCAGUUCCACCCGAUCAGUGGCAGGUGGCAGAACUGUGCACCUCUGCAGAGGAGGAACCUCACGCAGUACUCUGUAGCUGCAGUAGGAGACAGUGUGAUUGUGACAGGUGGCUACUUCCGGGAUGUCUUGUGGUUCAGCGUGGAUUGGGUCAGGAUAUAUGAAUGUGGGAACCAGCGCUGGCUGGACGGACCUGCCCUGCAGAAGUCCAGGCAUAGCCACUGCUCCGUGGGGUUGGAUUCAGUACUUUAUGUCCUGGGGGGCAGUAUGGAUGAAGGGCUGGUGGCUGAUGUAGAAAGACUUGUUCUGGGAUCGUUGGAGAGUUGGGAGGGGGCGAGCCCAAUGAUCAGAGCUGUGGAGAGGGCAGCUACUGCAGUUCUGGGGUCAUCUAUCUACGUUGCGUGUGGCCUGGAUGAAAAUGGGGAUGUGUACGGUGGAAUUCAGCGGUAUUCCACAAAGGAGGAUCAGUGGGACGUAGUCUCAUAUUCACCAUUUCCACGAUAUGACCUUGUUGCCACAGAGCUUAACAGCGCUCUCUACCUGUUUGGAGGGCAGAUGCUCCGUCUGGAUGUUGAGACAGAUGAAUGGACUGUCCUAAAUGAGGAAUGUCUGGACAGAAAAUUCUUCUGUGGUUGCACCACAGUCACUGGUCAGAUAUAUUUAGUCAGUGAGAAGAAGGUGAACAAAGCAUUCCCAAACAUGGUGCUGCUGGACCCUUACAUAGACACUUGUAUUGAAGUCGACAACGCCAUACCCUGUCCCGUCCCCAUCAGAGGGUGUGUUACAGUGCAGAUGAUCACAUGAUGGUGUGGGAUGUAACUGAGUGAAUGCAUGAAUCUUUCAUCAAGUACUCCUGGUCAUGCAUACUUCAUGUGGUGUUCUUUGCUUAAAGAGUGGAAAAAUAAAAUAA